CUCUCUGUCUCUCUCUCUUCUGUCUCUCUCUCUUCUCUCUCUGUCUCUCUCUCUUCUCUCUCUCUUCUGUCUCUCUCUCUUUCUCCACAGCAAAUGGUGAUGAGCCUGCGUGUUUCAGAGCUGCAGGUUCUGCUAGGUUACGCGGGCCGCAACAAACACGGGCGAAAACAUGAGCUGUUAACCAUGGCCUUGCAUCUCCUGAAAUCCGGCUGCAGCCCCGCCGUGCAGAUGAAGAUCAAGGAGCUGUACUGCAGACGCUUCCCCACCAAGAUGGGCUCUCCCUCAGAGCUGGUCCUGCCCGGACCACACUACCCUGCCUCGGGAGGAGGGGGCUCCGCCACCCUACCUGCCGGCCUCAGCCAGCUGGCGUAUGAGGGCCACGGGCACGGGGGAGUACCCUCGCCGGCUGCCCUGCUGCCCAUCUCGUUGCUGGGGUCUGGCAAGCAUGAGCUCAGCGGGCUGGCGCACCACCUGCCCACCUCGGCCACCCUGCAUCCGGUGCACCCAGACGUCAAGCUGCAGAGGCUGCCCUUCUACGAUAUGCUGGACGAGCUCAUCAAACCCACCAGUCUAGCAUCGGACAACAGCCAGCGGUUUCAGGAAACGUGUUUUGCGUUCGCACUAACGCCGCAGCAAGUCCAACAGAUUAGCAGCUCAAUGGACAUCUCGGGGACCAAAUGUGACUUCACAGUACAAGUUCAAUUACGGUUUUGUCUCUCUGAGACGAGUUGUCCUCAGGAAGACCACUUUCCGCCCAAUCUGUGUGUGAAGGUGAACGGGAAGCCAUGCAACCUCCCGGGUUAUCUUCCUCCAACGAAAAACGGUGUGGAGCCGAAGCGCCCCAGCCGGCCCAUCAACAUUACCUCAGUGGUCAGACUAUCCACCACAGUCCCCAACACCGUCGUGGUGUCUUGGACCUCAGAGGUUGGAAGGCACCUUCUGUGUUUUCAGAGCUACUCUAUGGCGGUGUACCUGGUCAAGCAGCAGUCGUCCACAGUACUGUUGCAGAGACUACGGUCCAAAGGCAUCCGGAACCCAGACCAUUCCAGAGCACUCAUCAAAGAGAAGCUAACCGCAGAUCCAGACAGUGAAAUCGCCACCACCAGCCUGCGUGUGUCGCUGCUCUGUCCGCUGGGUAAGAUGCGUCUGAUGAUCCCGUGCCGGGCGCUGACGUGUUCCCACCUGCAGUGUUUUGACGCUACGCUGUACAUCCAGAUGAAUGAGAAGAAACCCACCUGGGUUUGUCCCGUCUGUGAUAAGAAAGCCCCCUACGAACAUCUCAUCAUUGACGGGUUGUUUAUGGAGAUCCUGAACAGCUGUGUAGACUGUGAUGAGAUCCAGUUUAAGGAGGAUGGCUACUGGGCCCCCAUGAGGACAAAGAAGGAAGUACAGGAGGUCUCGUCAGCCUCCUACAGCAACGGACUGGAAGGCUUGCAUCGGUCGGCGGUAGGGGAACAGAGGAGCUCGUCGUCCCACAACGGGGGCAGUAGUAGGAUGAAGGUGGAGGUGAUCGACCUGACCCUGGACAGCUCCUCAGAGGACGACGAUGAUGACCAACCGUCCCUCAAGAGGCCCUGCCCCUCCCUGUCCCCCACCUCGCCUCCCAUCGUCAACAAGGGAGUGUUGAACCUGCACCACCAGGUGUCCCCAGUGAGCCGGACCCCCAGCAUGCCGUCUGUGGACACCAGCUACAUCCCCCCUGUACCUCCCCUCAUCCAGGACUACCGUCCCUACUACCACGCCCCAACCCAGCUCACAGAUCUGAAUUUCUUCUCCUUUCUACAAGGGGACAAUCAUCAGCAUUACAACAUGGUGAUGGCCGCCGCCGCCGCUGCCUCGGCCUCAGACGACCACGAGCUGCUCCUCAACCACUUCCGUCCCUACACCACCUCCUCCUCGUCCUCCUCCCAGCUGUUCCUGGACCAAUCUGGGGCGCCCUCCUCUGGCUCGCUGGCGCCCGUCAACGGUGGUGAUGGUGGAGGAAACAGCAGUGGUGGCAGCAGCAGUAGCCUAGUGUCCUCUAGCAGUCUGAGAGACACUCACAGCACACACUCCACGCACUCUCACACACACCCCACGCACUCACACACACACCCCACGCACUCACACACACACCCCGGCGUAGGAGGUCGGUCCAGUGCUGAUGUGACGGCGGCCGCAGCCCUCUAUGGGGCCGUCCCCGACGUGAUCUCACUAGACUGACGAUUUCGUUUUCGACGACUGACUCCGAAACACAGAGGGCUUGUUGGUUGUUUAAUGGAGGAUGCAGUCAUGACUACUAAACUGACGCAGAAACAGUUUAACGGUCCCACCCAGUCUACAGCUCUGGUUUUUAGUUGUGUCGUUAAGGCUGACUCCAGAACAGUGGAAUACCUGUCUGUGGCGGAGCCGGUCCCGAGGUGUCGUUUGACUGGGCUGACCCAGGAACAGUUAUAAAGUCACACCCCACAGAUGGAUGGGAUUGGCACCUAGUGUUGCUAGACUGACUCCAGAACAGUUACCGGUUGGUAUCUGGCUCCCUGACAUCAUUCCACUAGACUGAUAUCAGAGAGGUCUAUGGGUUUCAUCUCUGAAGUCGACAGACUGGACCUAGAUCAGCUCCCUGCCGAUAGCUACCAGAAACGCUAGCCGUGCAAAAACGGAGGAAGGUUGUUGUUUUUUUUGUAGGAAAAGAGUAACGCUGUGUACAGAGAACAAAAAGUAUAUUUUCUCUUUUUACUUUUGUAUAUUAAUUAACUGGAAAAAAAUUCUGUCCCGUAAAUAACUUCAGUUGCUAUUUUGAAGUGGAGACUGAAGAUGUAUCCACACAGCUAUACGUACGUUUCCCCUCGAUAAAAUGAACUUUAAUAUCUCAUUUACUUUUCUUUGGUUUUUAUCCUGUUAGAUCUGAUGGGGAUUUUCCUCACACAUUCAUGGCAUUACCUCUUGACAUUUUCAACUUAUCGAUCUCUCUCUACUCUUCAUUUUUGAAAUCACAGUUUAAUUUGUUCUCCAAGACAAUAUCUUUUCCCUGGUUGACUUGUUUGUUACUGUAUAAUUUGUUUUGUUAUUCUGCGUUCUAAGUUAUAUGUAAGAUAUAUAUGAAUAAGUCUCUCUAGAUAAGUGGAUCUGCUAAAUGACGUGAACAUGCAUUCCCUAAGGACUUCAGGUUGAUGCUGUGGGGAGUGUAUAGCUGGGUGGGUGAUAUUAGACAUUUCUGAUUUUCGUCUCUGUUAAAGGGACAGUGCCGUCAGAAUUCUGUUUCCAGGUGUUUUUCUCAAAGUGCAUAAUGGCUGAUGAAACUAACAUGGUGAAAGUGUGAGAAAAAAACGUAAAUCAGUUUUAUUUCCUGAUAGUUGCUGGAUGAAAAUAAUCUACACAGGACCUUGUAAUCAGCAGGUUUGUUUGGGCGGGAAUUUCGGCUUCACAUGGUGACGUCACCAUGUGGUAAAUUUGUUGCUAGACCAAUAGCAAAGAGACUUCCAAACCUCUCUGCCAAUAACAGCUCGUUUUCAGUUUCCCCUCUUUACAUGGUGACAUCACCAUGUGGUAAAUUGGUUGCUAGACCAAUAGCAAAGAGACUUCCAAACCUCUCUGCCAAUAACAGCUCGUUUUCAGUUUCCCCUCUUUACAUGGUGACAUCACCAUGUGGUAAAUUGGUUGCUAGACCAAUAGCAAAGAGACUUCCAAACCUCUCUGCCAAUAACAGCUCGUGUUCAGUUUCCCCCCUUCCCACUCAGACCACUCCCGAACCAGUCUCGGCAAAAUUCUUGCUUUAGAGUGGGGGUUUUUCUUCCUAAAAAGCCAUUUUUGCCCAUUUUUAUGGACAUCUAUUACAGUAAGGUACUUCAUGUUACCCAGAAAUGAUUUGAUAUCGAUAUAUAAACGGCUGCAUUGGGCCUUUCACCCCCCUUCAAUUGACCAUCUGUGCAGUCAUUAUCAUUAUGCACAAUAUUUCAAUUUGACAACAUUUUAGCAGAAAAUGUUUUCACAUUUGUAUGGUUAUGAAAACUAUGGUAGACACAGAAUGCCUAUUUAACUUGAGAAAUACUUUUACUUUUUUAUGCUUUUAUUUGAAACCUCGUUAGAUUCUGUUGUUUUUGCUUUGGUUUUGCUUAUUCAACCACAUUUGUCACCUUUUGCACAAAACCAAAAAUGAACUCAACCCACAGAGUGCAUGUGUAUCUGGGCGCUACAUUGCUUUAAGUCAAGUAUCCUCCACCUAUCACACACUCUUCCUCUCUGUUUUCACCUGGUUGUUUGUGAGACACUCCAGCUAAAGUCAUAGCAGAGAGGAGUACCCCGUAGAGAUGGAGGGGAGUAACCCCAUAGAGAUAAAGACAGACAUAUCUACUGUGUUAUAAAUGCUAUGGGGAUAUUGCUAAUUUGAGAGGCAGUUUCCAUCCAACUCAACUGUGGGCAAAAGUUUUGAGAAUGACACAAAUAUUAAUUUUCACAAAGUCUGCUGCCUCAGUAUGUAUGAUGGCAAUUUGCAUAUACUCCAGAAUGUUAUGAAGAGUGAUCAGAUGAAUUGCAAUUAAUUGCAAAGUCCCUCUUUGCCAUGCAAAUGACCUGAAUCCCCAAAAAACAUUUCUACUGCAUUUCAGCCCUGCCACAAAAGGACCAGCUGACAUCAUGUCAGUGAUUCUCUCAUUAACACAGGUGUGAGUGUUGAUGGGGACAAGGCUGGAGAUCACUCUGUCAUGCUGAUUGAGUUCAAAUAACAGACUGGAAACUUCAAAAGGAGGGUGGUGCUUGGAAUCGUUGUUCUUCCUCUGUCAACCAUGGUUACCUGCAAGGAAACGUGCCGUCAUCAUUGCUUUGCACAAAAAGGGCUUCACAGGCAAGGAUAUUGCUGCCGGUAAGAUUGCACCUAAAUCAAUCAAUUUAUCGGAUCAUCUAGAACUUCAAGGAGAGUGGUUCAAUUGUUGUGAAGAAGGCUUUAGCGCGUCCAAGAAAUUCCAGCAAGCGCCAGGACCGUCUCCUAAAGCUGAUUCAGCUGAGGGAUCAGGGCACCACCAGUACAGAGCUUGCUCAGGAAUGGCAGCAGGCAGGUCCAUCUGCACACACAGUGAGGCAAAGACUUUUGGAGGAUGGCCUGGUGUCAAGAAGGGCAGCAAAGAAGCCACUUUUCUCCAGGAAAAACAUCAGGGACAGACUGAUAUUCUGCUCACUCACAAUUUUGCCUAAGAAAACAGCCAUGAAUAAAGAAUGGUACCAACACAUCCUCCGAGAGCAACUUCUCCCAACCAUCCAGGAACAGUUUGGUGACGAACAAUGACUUUUCCAGCAUGAUGGAGCACCUUGCCAUAAGGCAAAAGUGAUAACUAAGUGGCUUGGGGAACAAAACAUCGAUAUUUUGGGUCCAUGUCCUGGAAACUCCCCAGACCUUAAUCCCAUUGAGAACUUGUGGUCAAUCCUCAAGAGGCGGGUGGACAAACAAAAACCCACAAAUUCUGACAAACUCCAAGCAUUAAUUAUGCAAGAAUGGGCUGCUAUCAUUCAGGAUGUGGCCCAGAAGUUAAUUGACAGCAUGCCAUGUAAUUGUCAAUAAAAGCCUUUGACACUUAGGAAAUGCUUGUAAUUACACUUCAGUAUUCCAUAUUGACAUCUGACAAAAAUAUCUAAAGACACUGAAGCAGCAAACUUUGUGGAAAUUAAUAUUUGUGUCAUUGUCAUUGACUCAGUCAGAAUGUGACAUGGUGAAAUGAUGCUUCGAGUGAUAGACUAUAGAGCCAGAAUACAGACAGAGGACUUUACACAGUGAACAUGUAACUAUAAUAGAAUGAGUGAAUUACCAGUCAGGAUAUAAAGGUAUAGAAACUAAGCGCAGACUCAACAGUCACUGCUGGUUAAAUAUACAGGAGACUCUAUAGUCAUUGGAAGUCAACGACUGCCAUGUAAAGCUCUUUCAGAAGACAGUAAAGAAUGUGUCGGGAUCGAAACAAUGACAGCCAUGUUUGUCACUUUUUCCUGCUGAAUCAGUUUUCCGCCAACAUAGACAAUAUGAAAGUAAAAUACAGGGUUUGUUCAGGCUACUGUACUGAAUUUUACAACUUUCCAAAAAUCCCUGCUUCAGUGAUAGUCACAAUCAUCACAGUCACCUACAGUCAAAACAGAUGCUUUUGAGAGAGAGAGAGGGAGCGUGAGGUCAUUCUGCGGAGUGUCUUUGUAGCCAGUCAGGCUUUUCUGCAGUGUCAUUCUCUCAAGGUGUUUGUGCUUCAGUCCUCUUCUCUUCCACAGCUCUUCACUUCAAGCCUAAUUAGCUUUCCCCUCUUGGGAUAGAUAAUUGCUUGUGACAGCUUCCCCAAUCACUCUCCAUCUAGUAUCCUGAACCAGAGCAACUAGUAGGUUUACUUUGCAGCCAGUCGAUAUGGAGACCUUCCUGCCCCCCCCCCUCUCCUACUCUUAACUGAUUGACUCUUUGAUAGCAUCAGACGUGUUUUGAAAAUGUCCUCUCUGUAUAAACAAUGUUGUGCAGUAUUUUAUUUAUUUUGUAAUAUAUACAUAUAUAUAUAAAUCGGAUCUAUUUUUACACCUGUUUGAUUUUCAUGGAUGUGUGUCUGUGUGUGUGAGGACAGAGUUUGGGAAGCGCUGGUCUUAGGUAACCCUCGUUUAGGGUAGACCAACAAAGUGAGACUAAGAUUUGGGGUUGGAGGUUAAGAGUUGACCCAAUCAGAAAUGUCUUUAUUUAUUUAGAUGAUCGAGUUUCUUUUUGUUUCAGAUUCGUUGUUGAUGUCAUUGCUCUAGAUCUCUGUGAUCUCUUUUUGUUGGUUUUUAAGACGAGGUGAGAGCAGACAUCAUAGAAUGUGUUCCCAUUUCAAAUGCUAUGUGUAGCCUAACAUGGGCGUGGAAUGGCCUUAUUGUGAAGUCCUCUCCCACUCUCCCCCCAUUGGUAAUAUUAUGAUGUCCGUAUCACCCCCCCCCCCACCCAAUCCCAUGUGUUUCAACAGUGUCAGUUCCUCCAGUGUUAGUUUGUGUUUUUGCAUCAUCCAAAAACAUCAGAUGAAAUUAAUUUAUAUAUUUUUAAAAAGAAAAGCUGUACAAUAAAUUGGACUUCAACCUAAAAAAAGGUCAAAUUUACUAAAUGAAUUUCAGGAGCGAAUAAGUUGACAGCUGCCCUCACUGCCUUAACCCCCGGGUUCUGCUUUCACAUUUCCAAACAGAGAAUGAAACGGCUUUUCAAGGAACAUGGAACGUUGUACAGUAGACCGAUGUCAGUUUGUAGAGAGUACUAGGUGAAAACAGAAUAUUUAUUACUUGCGUUGGAAGAAAUGGUUUACUUAUUGAAUGUUUUCUGUCUAAUGUAUAGGAGUUUAGAUGUAAUAAAAAGCAUUUUUGUUAA